CAGCUCGACAAGAGUCUUUUUUUCCUUUUCUCAACUCGGCCCCUUGAUUCCUUUCUGUGCCGUGAGUUGUUUUUGUAUUUUAGAGGCAUGAUCGCAGCGCGCCGUGCACCAGUUCAUGGUGUCCGUCAUUAUGUGACAGCGACAUCGUCCAUCGCCUCGUUGCGAGCAGCACAACUUGGCAGAACAGCAGCCUACAGAAGAUUAACGGCGGCGACCACCGACACAUCCUCAUCUCCUCUGAGUUCCUCUAUACAUCUCACACCUUUCUCUCCUCGACUCACAGUCCCCUCUCAAUCUCUCCUAAGAUCUCUACAUACUUCACGAGCCCUAUACCAACAGCCACAACCGAAAGAAGAAGCCAAGCAAGAAGUCAGGGAUCCUCCGCGGGACGAAAAGCCCAAGGAAGAAGCCAAAGCCAGUGGCGAAGAACAGAAAGAGGGAGAGGAGAAACAAAACAAGGACGAGAAAUCGGAAAAGGACGACAAAACACCGCCACCUCCGCCACCACCUCAUGGAGACAAGACACCAUGGCAAGUCUUUACCGAAACCCUCCGAACCGAGUUCAAAGCCUCCAAGGAAUGGAACGAGUCGACCAAACAAUUAUCCGGUUCAGUGCAACAGUUCACCGAAUCCGAUGCAGUACGAAGAGCCAGAGAAGCGUCAGAGGCUGCUUCCAAGGGUACUUCGCAGGUCAUCAAAGGCGCAGGUCGCGCCAUUGGACAGGGUGCAGCAUGGACAUGGGAUUCCAAGGUAGUCCAAGGUGUUCGAUCCGGUGUGAAUGCGACUGGCCGUGGGAUUGAGAAAGCGACUCGCCCCAUCCGAGAAACCAAGGCCUUCAAAGAUAUCUCCGAAGCUAUCGACGACGGCAGUAGUUCGAGAUAUGGAGGCUGGGUUGAGAAAGAAGAACGGCGCAAGAAGCGAGAGGCUCAACUCCUGAAAGAAGCGCAAUCUGGUAAAAAACCUGUGGAAGAAAUGGUCGAGGAUCCAAAUGCUGGAACCAACAUUACCGUUCACAAAGACUCGGCCUGGAAGGAGUCAUGGAACAGCUUCAAGGAAAAUUCCAAAAUGAUGCAAGGUUUGUUCAAUAUGAAACAAACAUAUGAAGAGUCGGAGAAUCCUUUCAUCUCAACAGCCCGGUCAAUAUCAGAUCGAGUUGCAGGCUUUUUCGCCGAAAAUGAGACUGCGAUGGUGAUCAAGAAAUUCCGAGAGAUUGAUCCCAACUUCCAACUAGAGCCAUUCUUGCGAGAUUUGCGGGAAUUCAUGCUCCCUGAGGUCCUCGAUGCAUACGUCAAGGGUGAUGUUGAGACACUCAAGGUCUGGCUAUCGGCGGCGCAAUUCCAGGUCUAUUCUGCUCUGAUGGAACAGUACACCAAGGCUGGACUUAAGUCGGACGGACGGAUACUUGACAUCAGACACGUCGACAUCCUAAAUGCCAGGUUACUCGAGCCAGGCGACAUUCCAGUGUUUAUCAUCACAUGCCGGACACAAGAGGUUCACGUCUACCGAAACCAAAAAACGAACGAACUUGCUGCUGGUAUGGAGGAUAAGGUCCAACUGGUCACAUAUGCCAUUGGUAUGACCAGAUUACCCGAAGAAGUCAACAAUCCCGAGACCAGAGGAUGGAGAAUGAUUGAAUUGCAAAAGGCUGCACGUGAUUAUUACUGAUCACGAUAUCAGCAAACAACUUGUUCAUGUCUCCUCGGAAAUGGGAAAAAAAACCCUGUACCAGCAUCUUUCAGCGAGCAUAAUGGAGAUGGGGGGGCCAUCCGCUCCUUGUGUUUCUUUUCAAAACUUUUGCAGCGAUCAUUCCCAUCUCGAUCUCUGUCUUGUGUAAUUUAUUCUUGUCAAAAAGGGAAAAAAGAAAAUAGGAGGAGGCGGCACGGGCAUUGGAGCCACUGGCUUGUACUCGUGCUUGAAUGAAGGUGUACUAUUUGUACAGCAGUGAAGAUUGCUGGGUUUUUGUAUAAUGGCCUGCAUGACCUCGUCCGGAUGCAUUGAGUUCGAGCAAUAUAUCGGGGGGGUUGGGGGUUUAGCUCGAGUCGAUCAGAUUCAUUGAUAGGGAAAUUGAGAUGAAUAUGGACAGAGGCGAGAAAGAAGGAGAAGAAGAAGGGCUGCUAACUUGUCCAGCCCUUUCUUUCGGUGGGGGUGUGAUGAAGGAAAAGCAGAAGAAAAUAAUUCUACUCUUGAAAUGAAUACUUGUGUACGAGUAUGAAACCUGG